AUGGAGGAUGGCCAUGAGCUGGACCUGACGUACAUCACGGAGCGCGUCAUCGCAGUCUCCUUUCCUGCCAACAACUCCGAGGAGUCCUACCUCCAUAGCCUGCAGGAGGUCACGCGCAUGCUCAAGUCCAAGCACGGUGACAACUACCUGGUAUUAAAUCUUUCUGAAAAGAGAUAUGACCUUACAAAGCUUAACCCAAAGACACUGGACGUGGGCUGGCCGGACCUGCAUGCACCACCCCUGGACAAGAUGUGCACCAUAUGUAAAGCCCAGGAGUCCUGGCUCAACAGCGACCCCCAGCACGUGGUCGUCAUCCACUGCCGGGGUGGGAAAGGACGCAUAGGAGUGGUCAUAUCAUCCUACAUGUAUUUCACCAACAUCUCGGCAAGUGCUGACCAAGCCCUUGACAGGUUUGCAAUGAAGAAAUUUUAUGAUGAUAAAGUUUCAGCUUUAAUGCAGCCAUCCCAAAAACGAUAUGUUCAGUUCCUCAGUGGCCUCUUGUCUGGGUCCGUGAAAAUGAAUGCCUCGCCACUGUUCCUGCAUUCCGUCAUCCUGUACGGCAUCCCCAACUUUGACACAGGCGGAGUGUGCCGGCCCUUCUUGAAGCUCUACCAGGCCAUGCAGCCCGUGUACACUUCAGGGAUCUACAACAUCGGCCCUGAAAACCAGAGCAGGGUCUGCAUUGCAAUUGAGCCUGCACAGCUCCUGAAGGGUGAUGUUAUGGUGAAGUGCUACCACAAGAAGUACCGCUCAGCCACACGGGACGUCAUCUUCCGCCUGCAGUUUCACACCGGGGCAGUUCAAAGCCAUGGGCUGGUGUUCACAAAGGAGGAUCUGGAUGAUGCCAGCAAGGAUGACCGAUUUCCAGACUAUGGGAAAAUCGAGUUAGUCUUCUCAGCCACUCCUGAGAAGGCCCAAGGGACUGAACAUCUACACAAUGACCACAGUGUGAUUGUUGAUUACAACACUGCAGACCCUCUAAUCCGCUGGGACUCCUAUGAGAACCUGAGUGCCGAUGGAGAGGUGCUGCACAUGCAGGGGCCUGUGGACGGCAGCCUCUACGCCAAGGUGAGGAAGAAGAGCGCCUCAGAGUCCAGUGUCCCUGGUGGCCCCCAGAUGGUCUCAGCCACCCACAAUCCAGACCACAGUAACCACACCCUGUCUGUCAGUAGCGACUCGGGCCACUCCAGCGCUUCAGUCAGGACCAACAAGACUGAAGAACACCUGCUUCCUGGUGCAAAGAGAGGGCUCAGCCCCCAGGAGAAGGCUGAGCUGGACCAGCUGCUCAGCGGCUUUGGCCUGGACGAGCCUGGGAGCUCGUUCAAGGACAUGAGUGAUGCUCAGAGCAAGUGCAGUGGAACAUGCCACAUUGUGCCCGCCCAGGUCCAUGUCAAUGGGGAUGCCAAGCUGAGAGACCGGGAAACAGACAUCCUGGAUGAUGAGAUGCCCAACCAUGAUCUGCACAGUGUAGACAGCCUCGGGACACUGUCCUCCUCUGAGGGGCAGCCCUCAGGCCACCUUGGCACUUUCAUCUGUCAUAAGAGCAGCCAGAACUCCCUCCUGUCCGAUGGCUUUGGCAGCAACACCGGUGAAGAUACGCCUGGCAGCCUUGGCCCUGACCUGGGCCUUAGCACAGACCUGCUCAAUUAUCAGUCCUUCAGAGGCCAGGAGCCCCAGCAGCUGCCCGGCCAACAGAGGAAGCCCACUUAUGGACAGAGUGGCUACUCCACACAGACCUGGGUGCACCAACAGCAAAUGGCGGCUGCCCACCAGUAUGAUUUCUCCCCUGAUAGUGUGCCCCGGCUCAGCAGCUGUGGCACAGCUGAAAAUGCCAGCAUUGUCUCCACGCAGUCCAGAGCACCGAUCACCCCCUCCCUGGCAGCUAGCAUCCAAAGGGGUGCAAGCAGUGGUCCCUGUCCCCCAGAGGCAUUGCUGUCUCUUACCAACAAAGCUUUCCAACCCAGGAUUGCAGAUCAAAGUGCCAUCAGUGGAGUUGACCUGGAGCACCAUGCUGACGUCUUGCCUGGUUCCCCCACCUUAGACAUUGAUCAGUCCAUUGAGCAGCUCAACAGGAUCAUCUUGGAGCUAGACCCCUCCUUUGAACCUCUGCCAACACACAUAAAUGCCCUGGGCAAUCAGGCCAGUGGUGCCACACUGCUAGAAGGGGUGAACAGCCGACUCCAGACCAGUGGCAGGCCGCAGGAUUCAGGUGACAGGCCCAGCUGGAUAUCCGGGAGGCAAGGUUCCUUAGGGGUCAGCUCUCUGAGUGGAAGACUCCAGAAGCCAAGUGUUGGGCAGUAUGAUAACGAUACCGGCAGACAGCUGUCCUUCUCCAAGUGUGGCUGGGGAAAGACCAACAGUGUGGACCAGGAUCCAAGUCUGGCAUUUUUCCUCACUUCAUCAAACACCAAAGAGACUGCGAUCACCAGUUACCCUCCUCCUGUUGAUAUGAUUGAUGGCAGGAUCAUCUCUCCAACCAAAAAUGGCAGUGAGUCAGCCUCUUCGACAUCAGCGUUCCCUGUGUCACCAGAAACGCCAUAUGUGAAGACCCCUCCCCUUUAUUCUCAGCUCACCCCCUCAGAGCCACACAUGAGCAGCCCCGCCAGUCUGUACAAAGGAGCACGUGACCCACGCAGCUGCCCAGAGACCCUGAAUCGCUCCGUGGGGAUGUCAGAGAGCCCCACUGGGCCCAAUUCUGCAGUGCAUUGGACUGAUGUGCCAAGCACAUCUUGCUUUCAGCAGGCCUUUUUAUCUUCCUGUACAACUUCGAACAAUAGCCCUGUCCAGAGGAGAGAAAGCUCUUCAUCUGCAGAACACCAGUGGUUAGAGAUGAACCCGAAAUCCACGCUGUCCAUGUUGGGGAGCAGCCAGCCCACAGGGGGCCUUCUUGGCACCUCAGAGUUCACUAGCCCCAUGAAGGAUGGCUCAACAUUGACCCAAUUCCCACCAUCAGAGCUCCAGGGCUCUUUCAGCAGACAUGAGAUCUCCCUGGUAGAGCCACCCCCAGAACCUCUAGGAGCCGAGGGUGGCCCAUCCUUCCUGAACUUCAGUGGAGCUGCUGUGGGCAGCAGCCUUCCCCCUGGGGAGACCCCAGAUGCCCUGCUGGUCAGCUCUCAUGCAGCUGCCACCACCCUCAGUGCUCCAGUGGCCACAGCAGGAGCUGUUGACAGUGGCUUCCUGCCCCAUCACUUCCUCUCAGUCAUGCCUGGACACAGUGGCCAGCACAGCCCAGUGCUGCAGGCCCAAGUGAUGACCCUGCCUGGUCAGCCUCCUCUUCCUGAGAAGAAGCGGGCCUCUGAGGGGGACCGCUCCUUUGGCUCCAUCUCCCCUUCUUCCAGCGGCUUCUCCAGUCCCCACAGUGGAAGCACCAUCAGCAUCCCCUUCCCAAACGUCAUUCCCGACUUCUCCAGAGCUUCAGAGGCAGCAUCGCCUUUGCCAGAUAAUCCAGGUGAUAAACAUAUGACAGUAAAAUUUGUACAAGACACAUCCAAGUUCUGGUACAAGCCAGAGAUUUCACGAGAACAAGCUAUUGCCAUGUUGAAGGACAAGGAGCCUGGGUCGUUCAUUGUGCGGGACAGCCACUCGUUCCGUGGUGCCUAUGGCCUGGCCAUGAAGGUGGCCAGUCCUCCACCUUCAGUCUUGCAGCUGAACAAGAAAGCUGGAGACCUGGCCAGUGAACUCGUCCGGCACUUUCUGAUUGAGUGCACCCCGAAGGGCGUGCGGUUGAAAGGGUGCCCCAAUGAGCCUUACUUUGGAAGUCUGACAGCUUUGGUGUAUCAACAUUCAAUCACCCCUUUGGCCUUGCCUUGCAAGUUGCUCAUUCCAAACAGAGACCCUUUGGAGGAAAUAGCAGAAAAUUCACCCCAAACAGCUGCCAACUCAGCAGCAGAGCUCCUGAAGCAGGGGGCAGCCUGCAAUGUGUGGUACCUGAACUCUGUGGAGAUGGAGUCCUUGACUGGCCACCAGGCUGUGCAGAAGGCCCUGAACAUCACCCUGGUCCAAGAGCCACCUCCCAUCUCCACUGUGGUCCACUUCAAGGUGUCUGCCCAGGGCAUCACACUGACAGACAACCAGAGAAAGCUCUUCUUCCGGAGACACUACCCUGUUAACAGCGUCAUCUUCUGUGCCUUGGACCCACAGGAUAGAAAGUGGAUCAAAGAUGGCCCUUCAGCAAAAGUCUUUGGAUUUGUGGCCCGAAAGCAGGGCAGCAUCACAGACAACGUGUGCCAUCUGUUUGCAGAGCAUGACCCUGAGCAGCCAGCCAGUGCCAUUGUGAACUUUGUAUCAAAAGUCAUGAUUGGUUCUCCGAAGAAGAUCUGA